AUGUCUGAUCCAACUCUCUAUCUAUACACCUCCCUUACCGCAGGGUCGUCUCAUAUCAUCACUGCUACAUCUCGUGUGGAGACUAUCCUCAAGGCCAACAAACUCCCUUUUCGCGCCAUUGAUCUCGCCACAGAUGAUGCUGCCCGCAAGCUAUGGGGUCGACGGUCCAAGGGCAAGAAGCUGCCCGGUCUAGUGAAAUAUGGCAACAUUGUUGGCGACUUGGAAGAGAUCGAAGAAUGGAACGAAUUUGGCGAACUCCGCAUGGUCAUUAACAGCGCCCCGGAUGUGGAUGGCAUGCCUGCUACAAGUUAUCCCGCCCCGAUCGACGCGACGCCUAAACAACAACCGAAAUCGAAACCGAAGCCCUCCACUGAGACCCAAAGCCUACCGGCCAAGACUGAGGACACGACCGAGGAUAAGGAUGCCACAGCUGUAUUAGCUCUUCGUGCUGCGAGCGCCGAGGCCGCAUCGAAAGCAAAGAGCAAGUCAGAAGAAAAGAAGGAAAACCCCAAGGCUGUGAGCGACAAAUCUGAACCCGAGCCCGAGCCCAAACCCGAAGCCAGGAAACACCGUGGCUCAGUUGCCGCCGAGUUGCCCGACACAGAGCCUGAUUCCCCCAAAGGCUUAAAACGUCCAGCACUUGUCCCCGAAUUCGCCGCCGUGUCAUCUGCCAACUUCCGUGCUGACAAUGCAGAGGCUUUAGGUCUCAUCCAGCAUCACCACUCAUCCAUCAUCUCGAUCUCAGAUAAGGAAGAGAAUGAUAAGGUGGUUCAUGAUAUCCGCGCAUCAAUCUCGGAAGAUCCUGCGGCCUCGGUGGCUGUGGAGGCUAUCCGGAAGGAAGCUGCAGAGAAGGGUCAUAUAGAUACUGUUGAGGAAGUUUCUUUUGAUGAAGCUAAAGCCGAGAAGGAGACAUCUGAGGUCAAGUCUGUUGACGAGAUUAAACCCGUGGUUGAAGAGGCUGCAGUUUCUGAAGAGACCACGGCUGAACCUAAACCUGUCACUGAAGAAAAUACAAAUGAAAUCAACCAUUUGGCUGAAGAGACAGCAGAGGCUAGGCCCGUUAUUGAGGAGACUGCAGCAGAUGCCAAGCCUAUUGAAGAGACGAAUGAAGCUAAGCCUGUGGCCAAAGAGACAGUCGAGCCGAAGCCCGUGGUCGAAGAUACUACAACUAGCUCUAAAACUGCGGCUGAGGAACCCACCGCUGAAAUCAAAUCGGCUGUGGCAGCAACUCCAGAAGAAAUCACUGUGAAAUAA